UCUCCCUUGGUAACAGAAUCCAAUCCAUCACUGGCCCUCGGCUCUGCGGGUGGCCGCCCUUCCCUUCUUCUUUCCGGUUGAGUGUCGCCGCUGCCGCUAUGCAGGGGGAGGAUGCUCGGUACCUCAAAAGAAAGGUAAAAGGAGGAAAUAUUGAUGUACAUCCAUCAGAAAAAGCACUUAUAGUUCAUUAUGAAGUGGAAGCUACAAUUCUUGGGGAGAUGGGAGAUCCUAUGCUGGGAGAGCGUAAGGAGUGUCAAAAAAUCAUUCGGUUGAAAAGUCUCAAUGCAAAUACAGACAUUUCUUCCCUGGCUCGGAAGGUGGUAGAGGAAUGCAAGCUUAUUCACCCUUCCAAACUGGCUGAGGUGGAACAAUUGCUCUAUUACCUGCAAAAUCGCAGAGACACCUCAUCUGCCAAAGAAAAGAAAGAAAAACCCAGUAAGCCAAAAGAUCCACCGCCAUUUGAAGGGAUGGAGAUUGAUGAAGUAGCUAAUAUUAAUGACAUGGAUGAGUACAUUGAAUUGCUAUAUGAAGAUAUUCCUGAUAAAGUUCGUGGCUCUGCACUUAUUCUGCAGCUGGCCAGAAACCCCGAUAAUCUGGAAGAACUCUUGCUUAAUGAAACUGCAUUGGGUGCUUUGGCCAGGGUUCUACGAGAGGACUGGAAACAAAGUGUAGAACUUGCUACUAAUAUAAUAUAUAUAUUUUUCUGCUUCUCCAGCUUUUCUCAGUUUCAUGGACUGAUUACACACUAUAAAAUCGGAGCUCUUUGCAUGAACAUCAUUGAUCAUGAGCUAAAGAGGCAUGAACUCUGGCAAGAGGAACUUACCAAGAAGAAGAAAGCUGUUGAUGAAGAUCCUGAUAAUCAAACACUGAAAAAAGAAUAUGAAAAAACCUUUAAAAAGUACCAAGGUCUGGUGGUUAAGCAAGAACAGCUACUUCGAGUUGCUCUUUAUUUGCUGCUAAAUCUUGCUGAGGACACACGAACUGAACUAAAGAUGAGGAACAAGAAUAUUGUCCACAUGUUGGUGAAAGCUCUUGAUCGAGAUAACUUUGAACUGUUAAUACUGGUUGUGUCAUUUCUGAAGAAACUCAGCAUCUUUAUGGAGAACAAAAAUGAUAUGGUUGAAAUGGAUAUAAUUGACAAACUAGUGAAAAUGAUACCAUGUGAACAUGAAGAUCUUCUGAAUAUUACUCUUAGACUUUUACUGAAUCUUUCCUUUGACACAGGCUUGAGAAAUAAGAUGGUACAAGUUGGACUUCUUCCAAAACUCACUGCGUUGUUGGGAAAUGAAAAUUAUAAACAAGUAGCUAUGUGUAUUCUCUAUCAUAUAAGCAUGGAUGAUCGUUUUAAAUCAAUGUUUGCUUAUACCGACUGUAUACCUCAGCUAAUGAAGAUGCUGUUUGAGUGUCCCGAUGAACGUGUUGAUCUGGAACUCAUUUCCUUCUGCAUUAAUUUGGCUGCUAACAAGAGGAAUGUACAACUAAUUUGUGAAGGAAAUGGGCUGAAGAUGCUGAUGAAGAGAGCGCUGAAAUUCAAGGACCCAUUGUUAAUGAAGAUGAUUAGAAACAUAUCUCAACAUGAUGGACCAACUAAAACUUUAUUUAUUGAUUAUGUUGGUGAUCUAGCUGCUCAGAUAUCUAAUGACGAAGAGGAGGAAUUUGUGAUAGAAUGCUUAGGAACAUUGGCCAAUUUGACCUUACCUGAUUUGGAUUGGGAACUUGUAUUAAAAGAGUACAAAAUGGUACCAUAUCUCAAAGAUAAAUUAAAGCCAGGUUCAGCAGAAGAUGACCUUGUCUUGGAAGUGGUGAUAAUGAUUGGGACUGUAUCAAUGGAUGAUUCCUGUGCCGCACUGCUAGCUAAAUCAGGGAUUAUUCCAGCACUUAUUGAACUACUGAAUGCUCAGCAGGAAGAUGAUGAGUUUGUGUGCCAAAUCAUUUAUGUGUUUUACCAGAUGGUCUUCCAUCAAGCCACUAGAGAUGUCAUCAUCAAAGAGACUCAGGCUCCAGCAUAUCUUAUAGACCUGAUGCAUGAUAAAAAUACUGAAAUCCGUAAAGUCUGCGAUAAUACACUGGACAUAAUAGCAGAAUAUGAUGAAGAGUGGGCUAAGAAGAUACAAAGUGAGAAAUUCCGAUGGCACAACUCUCAGUGGCUAGAAAUGGUGGAGAGCCGGCAGAUGGAUGAAAAUGAGCAAUACUUGUAUGGGGACGACCGCAUUGAGCCCUAUAUUCAUGAAGGGGAUAUUCUAGAAAGACCUGAUCUUUAUUACAGUGCUGGUAAGGCUGACACAAAAAGCAGCAUAAUACUCUCCCUUCCCACCCCCAGGCUUCUUGCAGCUGCUCCUUGGAAUAGAUGUGCAGUACAUUCCUCUCAUGUGGAAGUUCAGUACAAAUUGUUGGUCAUUCCGUACUGUGAAGGCUUAGGGUUGGCUUGCUUAAUUGUAGCUGUAGGGAACUGAAUGCACGUU